CAGAAAGUCAAGGACAAGCUUGAGAAGGAGCAAGAGCGGGCGAACAAGCCACGAUAUGAUAAGCUCACCAGAAAAAUCAGCCGCUUACAACAUUUGGAACGGUUUCGUCUCGAGGGCGGAGAGCUUGGGAGACUUCUCGAAAUGAUUGAAGAUAUUCAAAGACGACGUCUGAUCAACCUUCUGAACCUGGAGGAGUAUGAUGAAUUGCAACGACAAAUCAAGGAAGUCAUAAGUUUGCAAGCCUCAGACAUGAAAGCAGCACGAGCUCAGCGCCAGUCGCUGGAGAGAUGGUUGGCUUCCGUGUUCACCAAUCACGAAGAAGCGAACUCACCAACCGAUGCCGACGACGAGCUCAACACUAAGACACAUCGCGAUGAAGAUGUGGAAGCAAACAUUAACACCAUCAAGGCAAAGAUCAGAGACGAAAAAUACGACAGAGCGUGGAAGCGCACCCACGAGAGAAACAGCCAAGCUAUUCAAUCGUUGAAGCUGGAACUCAAACGCAUGGGAGCUCCAGAUGUCAUUUUGACGGAAAAGGAACAAGGCAGGGUUUUGGAACAUGUCAAGAAGGCUUUGACUAAAGAGUUCACCAAGCGUGUCACGAUGAAGUAUGAGCAUGAGAAGAUGCAGCAUGAUGAGGGUGUCAUGGCGAGGAGGAUUGCGAGGAAGGCGAAGAAGGCUGCGAUUGAGGGAGGCCAGGGUGUUAAUGAAACCGCAGCAGCAUAAUUUAUAUCAUCACUGCAGUGGGCAACAAAUUGACUGUCUUGGGUCACUU